AUGGGUAAAAAAGGUGUACCAAUUGUGAAAAUCGCACCAAAUGAAACGUACGGAUAUGGAGGAGUUAGUUGUUGUUGUUUACGAUGCUGCACGUGCAUUCAUAUUGAGUUUCUGAAAACUCUACCAGGAGCUGUUAAAUUGGUGGAAGUGGUGAUAAAUUUUAUUAUUCAAGGACUAUUGAUUAACUAUGGGCUAUUAUAUCAUGCACAACUAGGUUCAGCUUUUGAAGCAGCAUUGACAACUUCUUCUGCUUGCUUUUUUAACUCUGGGGUUUUACUCGUCUGUUACAUGGUUUCUGAAAAAUCCUACAAACUAAUUCACUCGUCCUAUUUUGAAAUUAUAUUCAACGUUAUCGCUUGCUUCAUGUGUAUGAGCUCGGCUUCUUGUCUUGGAUUUGCUACAAAAAUGUUUUUAUGGCCAUUAUAUGUUAUUACGCCAGGAUUUGAUGUUUUCCCAGCUAUGACAGCAGCAUAUUUCUUAAGUGCAACAGUUGGAGUCAUAUACGGGGUCGAUAUUUAUCUUGCAUUGAGAUUGCGCAAAGGAUCCUAA